GAGAGCCAAGCGUUGCACAAGCGCGACCUCCCGCUACGAAGCAGCCAGGUUCCGGUCGCGAAGCUGUCAGUACUCGAAAAAACGAAACCAGGACGAUUUCGCACUCAACUCAAGAGGCUCAUGGAAGGUCACUAAUGCAUGUUUUAUAGUAAACUCUAUCGAUCUGUGGACCCAGGAUUGUUUCAAAGGACCUGGGCAAAAAAGUGAACUUGGCCACACGGUUUCUCCCACAUACGCUAGACCAACAACCAGAACACCUCUUACGCUCCCCGGGGGCGGCAUGUCCGGAUGCGCAAGCCGAGACAGCUCGCUAUGACUCUAUCGGAAAUAAGCGCGUUGGCAAAAGCUAUAACCUGCUGCUACGAUAUGUCGAUCUCGAGAGCAUGCACACCUUUCUUGGGCAUCAAGUUCUCCUUUCACACCUGUAGUCGCAACGGCCCGGGAGCGCUUCAGCGUACUAACCAUAAGACGUUACGCAGAAGUUUAGAUUGCAGCCGUAACCGCAACCUACUGUUUCGGAGGCUGUACUGUAAGCGUCGGGCGGGUCACUUGUCGAUCACACGGCCUCUACGACAAGCGCCGCAAUGUACAUCGUUCAAGAAAACGAAGGACGCGGUUCAUUGCCAACCUCCAGCAGUCUCACCGGCCGCUCAACUCUGUCCACACUUGAAAUUUCUGCCCAUGACCAGGUGUGAGGUCACGGUCAAUCCCUUCACCACUAUUGUAAGCGCAUGGGCAGGCCUUACACAGCUCCAGCCAUCGCGGGCAUCGAGGACGACCUUGAUAUAGCGAAGUCCGCAAGCAGUCAUUUCACCUCACGUUUAUACGCAUCAUGAUGAUGCGCUUGUUCUUGUCGAGACUUUGCUGUAGUUGACGUAGCAUUCGUACACCGGAGUAAAGGCCUGCAAUGCAGACAUAUCGAUGCCAAGGGAUC